AUGCUACCCUAUUUCCAUGAGUAGAUUUUUGAACGCAACUCUGAAAGCAGGGUUAUCAAGGUUAAGUUAAAUUUAAAUGGAAUAACUCGUGACCUAUGACCCAUUGUAUCAAAACACAUGGAUAUCGACUGAUUGUUUCUGAGCUUGAGCUCUGAUAAAUCGUUUCAAAAUUUAUAUCAAAGAUGUUACGAAUAUUCGGCAUCGCGAAUCCAAAGUGCUCUGUCAGCUGUCACUUUCAUCUGACGUGUGCACGAGCUUCGACUGAAAGCAAUAAAACAUUUUCAAAAAAACUAGAAGAUGGUCCACAAUUCGAGGACUUUCUAAAAGAUACUGUUGAAGAGUACGAUGGAAAGUUAAAAUUGGAAAAGGGUGAGUCAGGACGACUGAGGCUACCACCAUGGCUGAAAACAGAAAUACCUAUAGGCAAAAGUUAUAGUAAAAUAAAAGCACAAUUAAGACAAUUACGGCUGAGCACGGUCUGCGAGGAAGCCAGAUGUCCAAACAUUGGAGAAUGUUGGGGUGGAGGUACUCAUGGUAUAGCAACCGCUACCAUCAUGUUAAUGGGAGACACAUGCACCCGUGGUUGUCGUUUCUGUUCCGUUAAAACUGCACGAACACCACCACCAUUAGAUGCAGAGGAACCGAUCAAUACUGCUAGCGCAAUAACAGACUGGGGUGUGGACUAUAUUGUUCUAACAUCUGUGGAUCGUGAUGAUUUAAAGGAUGGUGGGGCCAGUCAUAUCGCAUCCACUGUUAAGGAAAUAAAAAAUAGAAGUAAUAUUCUAGUAGAAUGCCUGGUGCCAGACUUCAGAGGGAACGAGGAUUGCGUUGCUACGAUUGUAAAUUCCAAUCUAGAUGUGUUUGCACAUAAUAUCGAAACUGUGGAGCGUUUAACUCCCUUCGUUCGAGAUAGACGCGCUCAAUAUAGGCAGUCACUGGCCGUAUUAAAAGCGGCUAAAAAGUUCAAUCCCGAUUUAAUCACAAAAUCAUCGAUAAUGUUGGGCCUUGGUGAGACCGAUGAGGAAAUUGAACAAGUAAUGCGGGACCUAAGAGAUGUUGGUGUGGAUGCUCUAACAUUGGGACAAUACAUGCAGCCCACUAAAAGGCAUUUAAAGGUCAUCGAAUAUGUAACGCCCGAGAGAUUUAAAGCAUGGGAAAGUGCAGGGAAUCAAUUAGGUUUCUUGUAUACCGCUAGCGGUCCAUUAGUGCGGUCAUCGUAUAAAGCUGGAGAAUAUUUCUUAACAAAUAUAUUGAAAAAACGGAAGAAGCAACAGAUAAAUGACCAAACUGCAUAGUGAAAAAAGAAUAAAAUAUAGUCGUGUAAAAAAUAAGUUUAAAUUCUCUUUUUUCUUAUGGCAUUCGGUUAUGUAAUGUUUUAGUAAAUAUGUAUAUAGCUUUGGAUUUUUAUAUAUAUAAUUUAGUAGAAAGUUUUCUCUUAUUUUUCUUCUCGUAUAUAAUUUUUUAAAGAAUUUUUCAGAUACGAUCGAUUAUAGAACGGCGUGUCUCAAAUUUAUAAAAUUGAAUAUUUACGAUUAAUUGUAAAUGUGCUAAAUUAAGUUAUUUAAUUUAUUUAUUAAUUGUUUAUAUUGUAAAUAUGUGUAGUAGAAAAACGAAUGUAAUUAGCAAUUGAAGACAACUUCAAUGUACAUACAAGGAUACGAUACUGAAGCGAAUACUAUGUAUAUUUGUCAGGACGUUAAUCCAAAGUAUCAGUCAUGUAACUUUUUCUCUAGAGCGGAACCGUGAAAAAUGAAAAAUUUUGCCAUUAAUUUCAAUGAUAAUAUUUUUCACUCUUCACAUUUACGCUUUAAGGAAAAAGUAAAAUGAUCGAUACCCAGGACAAAAGCUACAUUAUUAAAAAUAUCGUAUCUUAAUUUAAUCGUAAACAGAUUUAAAACAUUUUACUAUGUAAAUAGACUGAUAAUAAAUAUUUUAUCGGA